UUACCAGACCAUGUGCCGACUCCUCUGACCAGUUACCACAGCCCUGCUGAGGACACAGGCCUUGACGUCCCAGCCUGUUCACCCACACUGUUGGCAGCGCUUCUGCCUGGCGCUCCCCUGCCUGACCCCUCAGCCGUGGGGGUGGUCGCUGUUGCUCAGGCCAUGCCUGGGCCUCCUCAGUGACUCCAGGAGAGCUGCUGGCUCCAGGCCGGUCUCUCCGCUGUCCAGGCAUUUCCCUGUCUCAGCAAAACCCUCUGUGCCAGACCUGCUGUGCCGCUGCAGAUCGGGCCGGCUCUGGGGAAGCUCCCCUCAGCGACUGACAGUAAUGUCAGAAACGGGCAACAUCAAGCUUGCCAGCCACUCUGGGAAUAAGAUUCUUCCCAAAGGCAGGUGCACCAGUGCCAAUGUGGGUGUAAUUAAUUUUCAAUCAGGAGUGCAGGCAUGUCAGAAGAGAUGCAGCAAGACCUGUGGAGUGUGCUACUCAGGCCUUGGAGAAGUACAACAUUGAGAAGGACAUUGCUGCUCACAUAAAGAAGCAAUCUGACAAGACAUACAAUUGCUGUUGCUCUCACAAUCCCUGAUCUUUUCUCCCAGACCUGAGGUGGAUUCAUGAACAGUCUAGAGGUUCUGAAAGCCUUGAAAACUUUUGUGAAUGAGCCCAGUUAUACUGGGUGGAGUGACCUCAGCUGUAGCCUGGGGAUUCUCUCAACUCUCUUGUCCCACACAGACUUCCGUGAGGAAAUGCACGGGUUAGUGAAAGAUGGCUUUUCACCAAGAGGGGAGACACUACGGUGGGACCCAAACCUGGAGAGGGUCAUCUAGAUGUACUUCUGAGAGGCUGGGCCUUGGGCAAACUGGGAAAAUCUGGGCUCAAGGCAACAUUAGAAGAAGCCUGACACCCACUGAAGGACCAUGUGGAAGGAAAACAUCUGCUGUCAGCUGAUCUGAGGAGUCCUGAAAAUAUUUUGAAACAUGGAGACAGAACUACUGUAGAUACUAAGCUGUAGCUUCACAAGCCAGAGGACAUGCAGGAGGAGGAGAAGGACUGAAUCAAACCAUUUCGUGUGGCCAUCUCCCAACCAGAACCGAUUCCAAAAGUUCUCACCUUUGUCAGUGGCUUUUUUAUCUUUUUAAGUUUUUUUUCAUGUCUGGUUUUAUUUUGUCUGGUCCCUUUCCACAGGAGAAAAAAUAACAACAGACAAACUCACACCAACCACCAUCUUCUGCAUGGAUUAGAUUGUGCUGUGGAAAGCUGAGGUCAUCUGCUGAUUCAUUUUAUCAGCCAGAGCAAGUACAUAAAAACUCAACCAAAAAAAUGAGCAAUGAAAAUGGGAACACUGGAUGGAAAAAAUGCAUGCUCAGGAAGACUCUUAAGCUGAGGCUUGCCUUGUGCAGAUGAGAUAGAAAGGCAAACCUGUGCUCCAGAUUCCCUUACCACCCAUCCUGAGGCCUUGAAGUCUCUUUUGAUCAGCCUUGGACUACAUGUUGUGACUUCAUCACCACCCACGUGAAGACCAGUAACAGGCACUAGUCUGAGGGCUGUACCAGCUGGGAAGUUUCCUAGUGAUGUCCUUAGCCCGGGCCCCAGGCAGGCAGCAGACUUCUCUAAGAGGAGGGUCUGUCUGGCAAAUUGGACCCUCUUUUCCCUCAGAAGGGGGUUCUGCUUCCUUGUGAGUUUCCUAGAAGGAGUAGUUGGCCUGGCUGCAGCUCAGACUGUGACAGUUGCACAUCCCUCUCUUCCCCAACACAUCCCCCCUCUCCUGCAAUGGGGCAGUUAAUAGCUCCUUUUGUUUAACCCUCUGUGGGUUAGCUAGGAGAGGGGAAGAGGCGCCAAGGAGUCAGGAAGUUUCGGGGUGCCUAUAGCCAGAGUAGGGGUGCAGAGAAGCUGAGAAGCUUCUGGAAUGCCCACAGCCAGAUCUGACAAAAAUGGGGUUUCCGCCAAGGAUUCCCUUUGUGUGUGUCCUCUCGGAGUCAUGGGCCAAAAUGCAGAUGAGAGACCCUCCCCUUAGACUGGAACGCCGUCUAAGGUAACCACCUGGGACUGGGACUGCCUCACCUCUGCGUGUGGGUGAGUGAUAACUUAAUAAUUCCUCGCUGGACUAGUGAGUGUAUUUUCCUUAAUAAUUCCUUGCCACUCGGGCGAGUGUUUUCCUCACUAGACAAGUGAGGGUAUUUUUCUGGGGUCAGGGAUGGCUCUGGCAUUGUUUUUCGUGAGCCACGUGUAUGCAUACUGUGGAUCUCCAUUAUUCUUAUUUGCUGUACCCCAAUAAUUUCCUCAACUGAUAUGUGAACCUGUAUUUUUUGUUACUGGAGUGCUAAUUGUAUAAAUCCCGCUUCUAAUUGGUUGUUUUCCCGGACAGAAGAAAAGUCUGUUUUGGACCUGGUUGUCUGCCUAAAACUAAUUUUGGGGUCCCUCCAUGACACAGACCUUCACCUCCUUUAGAGUCUGCACCAAACUGCUGCUGGUUUGGCUGAGGGAGGUCAAGUGCAUCCAUCACAUUGUGCAUCUGAUGUGGCGGUGGAGCACGCCGUGUGUUCGUCUUCAUCUGUGCCCUGCUUGCUCCGUUCCACACGGGCCUGGUCCCGUGGUGGCUGCCAAAAUGGCAACGAUGAGUGAUCAAGAGGCAGUGAUCAGGAAUGCAGGCAUGUCAGAAGAGAUGCAGCAAGACGCUGUGGAGUGUGCUACACAGGCCUUGGAGAAGUACAGCAUUGAGAAGGACAUUGCUGCUCACACAAAGAAGCAAUUCGACAAGAAGUUCAAUCCCACCUGGCACUGCACUGUGAGAAGGAACUUUGGCAGCUACGUGACUCGUGAGACCAAGCAUUUCAUCUCCUUCUACCUCGGCCAAGUCACUAUUCUUCUUUUCAAGGCUGGUUAGAACCACGGACUGUUACUGAAACUUGCAUCCAGUUACCAGACCAUGUGCCGACUCCUCUGACCAGUUACCACAGCCCUCCUGAGGACACGGGCCUUGAUGUCCAUGGCCUGUUCACCCGCGCUGUUGGCAGCGCUUCUGCCUGGCGCUCCCCUGCCUGACCCCUCAGCCGUGGCGGUGGUCGCCGUUGCUCUUGUCCCCAGCUUUAUAUACUGAGCAUGAUGGUAUGUGGUGCGAGAUAUCCCUUUGGGCAGCUGUCACUACUUUUUGGAAAACUUGUCCUGUAGAAAGCAGAUCUACUGAACAACCAAUGUGACAUGUCACAGAAACCUCCAGAAAAUUCAAGGAACAAAGUGUUCACACAAGUAAGUGUUUAAAAAUGUUUUUUAAGAAAGUACCUUAUUGUAGAAGCAUAGCAAUGUUUCCGGAGACUUAGCAUUAGAGUUGCUAUGCCCCCCAUGCCAAGUGUUGAGUUUUUUUAAGACAUGUAGUUCUGUAACAUGAUUCAUUACUAGUGACAGUUUAGGAUGUCACACAAACACAUUAAUUACAUAAUUAAAACGUCAAUAUGCUGCUGUUAUUUAUAUAUGAAAUUUAAGAACACUAUCCUAAAGAUAGCAAGGGAAAAAAACGGCACAUCAACAAAGCCUAACUAAUUGACCUUGUCAAUCUUAUCAAUGAUGUUCACUCAGUUCCUCACUUUCAGCGUCAACACACAGGGUUCCAGCAGCAGAACUCGGCAGUUCAGAAGCAGCCUUCUUGGCCAGUUGUGCUGAAGUAACCAGUACUUAAUGGAUGCCUUUAAUCACCGUGGAAAUAUGUUUAAAGGCAAAGGAAAGCGUCCUGAAUGCACCUAGGUCCCGGUUGUGAAUUUCUGUUUUGGUUUGUUGUUGUUUCAUGCUACAUAAGUGCAAAUAAUGUAACACUACGUGAAUGUGAAUGGAAGCCGCAAGCACUGGUGUUCCCGCCGCUCUGGCUGCAGUGGCACAGCCCGCGCAGGGCCCGGGCCGGGGCUCUCGGCAGCGCGGGGAACACGCCGGGA